GUGGGCGUGGUCCGCGCGGCAGCGCAGGCGCGAACCUGCGCAGGCGCGGGGGCCAGCCCUGGGACCCCUAGGGCCGGGGAGGGUUUAUCAGUCAGCCCACCCGGCAUCGUACGCUAGAGGAGGCGGGAGGCCGGGGAGCGAGAGUCGUACGCGCGGCGCGCUGGGCGUCUGCGAGGCUCGUGACGUCCGCGAAGCAUCUGAUCAGAACUUUGAAUCUGGCAUCUGGGAGACAGUCAUCCAAAGGAGCAUAGCAGGAAGUUGGAGACUGAGGCAAGUAGAAAUGUCUUUCCUCCAGGAUCCCAGUUUCUUCAGCAUGGGAAUGUGGUCCAUUGGUGCGGGGGCCGUAGGAGUCGCUGCCUUGGCACUGCUCCUGGCCAACACAGACAUGUUUCUGGCCAAGCCCCAGAAAGCAGCAUUGGAGUAUCUGGAGGACAUAGACCUGAAAACACUGGAGAAGGAUGCAGUAACUUUUAAAGCGAAGGCGCUCUGGGAGAAGAAUGGAGCUGUGAUUAUGGCUGUGCGGAGGCCAGGCUGCUUCCUCUGUCGGGAGGAGGCUACAGAUUUGUCCUCCCUGAAGCCCAAGUUGGAUGAGCUGGGCGUCCCCCUCUAUGCAGUGGUAAAGGAGCACAUCAAGAAUGAAGUUAAGGACUUCCAGCCUUAUUUCAAAGGAGAAAUCUUCCUGGAUGAAAACAAAAAGUUCUAUGGCCCACAAAGACGGAAGAUGAUGUUCAUGGGAUUUGUCCGUCUGGGCGUCUGGCAAAACUUCUUCCGGGCCUGGAAUGGAGGCUUUUCUGGAAACCUGGAUGGCGAGGGCUUCAUUCUUGGGGGAGUCUUUGUGAUGGGACCAGGAAAGCAGGGCGUUCUUCUCGAGCACCGAGAAAAAGAAUUUGGAGACAAAGUAAACCUGACUUCUGUUCUGGAAGCUGCUAGGAAGAUCAGACCACAGACUUCGGCCUCAGAGAAACAAUGAUUGUGUGAAACUGCCCAGCUCAGGGAUAACUAGGGCUCUCACCCGUGUUUGCAGGAUGUGUUGUGGUUCCACUGCUGUCCCUAAGGAUUUAUAAACCCCAUUUAUGCCAUAUUCUCAGUAUAGACCAUUAACAUAUUUUAAUAUUGUACUCUGUGUAGGUCUCAUAAGGCAAAAUAAGGUCUAAUAAGCCCCCAAACAAGACUGAUAAAAAUCUAAGAAGCUAAUAAGGCUUAUUUCAGCUAAAACCUGGAAAAUCUGAGGCUUAAAGUUGACUGUUACACUUCAUCACAAAUGUACAUGGCGUUUGAGUGCUAUUAUUUGAAAUGAUUUUUAUCUUCAUGUCUUUAAAAAUCUUAGAAAAGUUGAUGAUUGACUUGAUUAAAGAUACAAAGUUUUGGGCUCAUGUUUUCACAGUAAUAAUGAAUGAUUUAUUUUAUAAUGUUAAAGUAAUACAUAAAAGAAUUAAUGUGCUUUGGAUGACACAUCACAAAGGUAAAUAAUAAAGUGAAAUCUAUUUUCUCAUUGUCUUCCAUUCUAAUCUUGGAAAUUUGAUUUUCUAGAAGGAACGAUCUUCUAGAAAGCAUGGUUCUGGUUCUAAUAAAAUUAAGCAUCAAAAAUUGUCCAUAUAUACACAUUUCUGAUAAAACUAACAAUAAAAAUAUUUACCAUAAUAA